CCAAGAAAGGAGACACCAAGCCACAAUGAAGUCUCUUUUCUUAUGUCUUAUUGGGGUCGUUGGAGUAGCGCUAGCCUACUACCCGGUGCCUGUUACUGAAAAAGCGUAUAAGCCGGGACAGGUGUACAAGUAUGCGUACGAGACCCAGGUUCUGACCGGCCUGCCCGGUGCCAGCCGGUCCUACUCCGGCCUCAAAGUCAGGUCGACCAUCUACAUACAGUUCCGCAGCCAGACAGCUGCAGUGAUGAAGCUGGGCAGAAGCCCAGAGGAGAUCUUGAUCGGCAAGUACCACGGAGAUGUCCCCGUGGGCUACGAGCCGUCUGGACCCCACACGCUCGAAGAUUUCCAGUUAGUGCCCCGUGAGGAUCUGGAAUAUUUGCGACAGCAUUUGUCCAGGCCCGUAUCCUUCACGUAUGACCGCGGCCAGGUCAGGAAGAUCCAGGUGCCAUCCGAGGACCCUAAGUGGUCAGUCGACAUCAAGCUCGGCGUGUUGAACUUGUUGCCCAUUAACUUGGAAGCUCUCGCCACGCCAACGCUGCGCGCGAUCUCUCAGACGGAGAAGCUCGCUGGCCACUACGAAGUGAUGGAGGAAAGCCUCGAGGGUAAUUGCAAAACUAUCUACUCCGUCCUGCGCGCUCCAUACAUGCCCGUGCCGACCGCCAGGAGUAACGCUGCUUACGAGUCGCAGCCAGGUCUGCUCGUCACCAAGGUGUACGACCACUCCAACUGUGUGACGAAGCCCAUGAACGGUCACUCAUGGUUGCAGGCCGAAGCCUGCAGCGCAUACAAGCGCAGCGAGGAGGCCCACGACGAAUGCAUCCGCCACAAGGUACGGGUUCUGCUGUCUAGUUUAACGUUUAGCCGUAUACGGUACGCGGCUUUAUACUACCUAUUUUUACGUUUAGAGUUUGGUUUGUACGUCACGGGGUACUUUCAGUUUAACACUCAGUUUACGAUCUCUGGCUUACUGGAGUCGUUCGUGCGCGCCGUGAAGGAGGGAAGAUCCACGGAGGAGAUCGUGCCCAUACUGCGUGAGAUCUUCCACCACCUGAUAAACACCCCGCCACGUCAGCUGCGCACCAUCUACAACAAGUUCAUCAGCCGCGGAAGCUACGAUAGAGAGGCACAGGAAACGAUAAUCGAGACCCUGCACGAUAUCAUCCCGUACCUGGGUCACGAGGAGGCGAUCAAAAUCAUCAAGGAUCUGAUCAUAAACCAGAAGGUCAGCACGGCCCAGGCAGUCAGGAUGCUCAUCCCUCUCGGACUGGAUGCCAAGCCCUCUGAGCAGAAUGCUGAGCUCUUGAUGGAAGUCUGCAAGUCGCGUGUUGUCUUUAACGUUGCCAUGUUGAAGAAGUCUUGCUGGCUCGCUGUCUCCAACCUCAUUCACAGGAUCUGCAAGCACUCCUACACUAGCGUCAACAGCGGCUUGUGCACCGAGACCAGAUAUCUGGCUCCACUGCGUGACGUCACCGUCGGAAGCACCAAUGAGCUCGAGAACCAGCUGCUCCUCAUCAAGUCUCUCGGUAACAUGGGUCUGGAAUCCCACCUGCCCGUCCUCGCCGAAAUCAUCAUGAACAGGCAGCGCCCCCUACACGUGCGCGUUGAAGCCAUCUUCGCUCUGAAACACAUCAUCGAGCAUCAACCAGAGAAGGUCAUGGCCCUGCUCACUCCCAUCUACCGCAACAUCAACGAGGACCACGAGCUGAGGAUCGCUGCCUUCGUGACGAUCAUGCAGACCGGACCCAAGCUGCCCAUCCUCGAGCUGCUCGUUGACCAGCUGAAGAUGGAGCCUAGCCUGCACGUCGGAUCAUUCGUCUACUCUUACAUCAGCUCCAUGUCCAACGCCACCUCGCAGUGCAUGAAGCAAAUUGUCCAGGAUGCUAAGAUCGCACUGAAAUUCGGCAAGCUCUACACCCCAGGCAUGAUCUACUCAAAGGGAUUCCACAACGAAUUGUACAGCAGUAAGUUACAGUUUUCUCGUACGUUGGGACGACAAAACGAGAUUCGUUUUGGCGGCUAAAUCAUGAAGAUCAGC